GAGCCUUCCCGCGCGGCUUCUCCCCUGGUCCAGCUGCGGCCUCUGGGGCGCCGGCGCCAGGCUCGCCGGGCGACCUUCCGGAACCCGCGUCCAGCCUUGCGGGUCGCGCAUCCCCUUCCCGUGGGGUUCAGCGGGCGCUUCUGCUCCCUAAGUUUGCCAAGCCCGGGGAGGGGCGGUCAGGGCGUCCCACUGUCCCUGGACGAGCGACGCCCCCCCACGCGUGCGCGCAGCGGGAAGCGGGCGGCGAGUCUGCCGACGUGGUCCCCGGGCGGCCGGGCGCCGCCUCCCCCUCCCGCCAUCCCCGCCGCGGCCGCUCCUCCGAGGGGCCUUGAGCGCAGGCGGCCGCGGGGCCUGGCGGGAGCGGGGCCUGGAGAAGUUUCCAGAAGAUGCCGCGGGCGGGACCAGCGCUGGGCGCGGCGGCCGCCCCCGCAUCCAGGGAGGGAGGCCGGUCGGGGCUGAGAGCACGGGACUCCCGAGGAGCCGUCCUCGGGAACCCGUCGUGGAGUCGGUGGUACGUGCGUGUCGCGACCCGCGCACUUGUUGGAUGUUCGCGGCCGGGGCGUCUGGGUCGGGGGACGCAGACCUGGCCUCGCGGGGACUGGACGCGGGCCUGGCGUCCAAGGCCCGGGCCUCCCCUCUCGUGCAUCCUUCCUGCCCCGCCGCCCUCAGCGCUCCGGGUCUCUGCCCUUCGCUGUCCAGGCAGCUGCGAGGACGGCCUCCUGCCCGGCGCCUCCCCGCCCGCGUCCCCGGCAGGCUCCCCGAAGGGGUCCCCGGCGCCCGGCCUGGUCCGGCCCGGAAGCCCGCUGCCGGCGCCGCAGGCCCCGAGGGUGGAUCUGCAAGGAGCGGAACUCUGGAAACGCUUCCAUGAGAUUGGCACCGAGAUGAUCAUCACCAAGGCGGGCAGGCGGAUGUUUCCAGCAAUGAGAGUGAAGAUCUCAGGAUUAGAUCCUCACCAACAAUACUACAUUGCCAUGGAUAUUGUGCCAGUAGACAACAAAAGAUACAGGUAUGUUUACCACAGCUCCAAAUGGAUGGUAGCAGGUAACGCUGACUCUCCUGUGCCACCCAGGGUGUACAUCCAUCCAGACUCACCUGCCUCUGGGGAGACGUGGAUGCGACAAGUGAUCAGUUUCGACAAGCUGAAGCUUACCAACAAUGAACUGGAUGACCAAGGCCAUAUUAUUCUUCAUUCUAUGCACAAAUACCAACCACGUGUGCACAUCAUCCGUAAAGACUGUGGAGAGGAUCUUUCUCCCAUCAAGCAUGUUCCUUCUGGAGAGGGAGUGAAGGCCUUCUCCUUUCCAGAAACUGUAUUCACAACUGUCACUGCCUAUCAGAAUCAGCAGAUUACUCGCCUUAAGAUAGACAGGAAUCCAUUUGCCAAAGGCUUCCGAGAUUCUGGGCGGAAUAGAAUGGGCUUGGAAGCCCUGGUGGAGUCAUAUGCAUUCUGGAGACCAUCACUACGGACACUCACCUUUGAAGAUAUUCCUGGAAUUCCAAAGCAAGGCAAUGCAAGUUCUUCCACCCUACUCCAAGGUACUGGGAAUGGUGUUCCUGCCACACACCCUCAUCUUUUAUCUGGUUCCUCUUGUUCUUCUCCUGCCUUCCAUCUGGGGCCCAACACCAGCCAGUUGUGUACCCUGGCCCCAGCUGACUAUUCUGCCUGCACCCGCUCAGGCCUCGCUCUCAACCGAUACAGCACAUCCUUGGCUGAGACCUACAACAGGCUUACCAACCAGACCAAUGAGACCUUUGCCCCUCCCAGGACUCCCUCCUACGUGGGAGUGAGCAGCAGCACUUCUGUGAACAUGUCAAUGGCCAGCACCGAUGGGGACACCUUCAGCUGCCCACAGACCAGCCUGUCUAUGCAGAUUUCGGGAAUGUCCCCUCAACUCCAGUAUAUCAUGCCAUCACCAUCCAGCAAUGCCUUUGCUACUAACCAGACCCAUCAGGGUUCCUAUAACACUUUCCGGUUACACAGCCCCUGUGCCUUAUAUGGAUAUAACUUCUCCACAUCCCCCAAACUGGCUGCCAGUCCUGAGAAAAUUGUUUCUUCUCAAGGAAGUUUCUUAGGGUCCUCACCGAGUGGGACCAUGACAGAUCGGCAGAUGUUGCCCCCUGUGGAAGGAGUGCACCUGCUUAGCAGUGGGGGCCAGCAGAGUUUCUUUGACUCCAGGACCCUAGGAAGCUUAACUCUGUCAUCUUCUCAAGUGUCUGCACAUAUGGUCUGAUGAAGCCUAUAAGUUAAACUACGUUCAAAUCUAAUGGAUUUUCCUUAUUUCUUAAGCAAUAUGGAAUGAAACUAUAUGUGGCUUAUAAAAAUGUACAUAUAAAAGAAAAGGCUUACUGAGGUUUUUGGCUUUCUCAUGGUGAGCUUUUAAUUACCAUGGUAUAUGUGUAUGCUUUAUAGACAUAGCAUGCAGUAUAUUAAAGCCUUUUUUCUCCCUAGUUUAUCUAGUUUCACAGAGUAUUGGCAUACAUUAUACUAUGUUUAACCAAAGUACUCAGAUGCAAAACGGUAACCUAAAAGUUGGCAGUGCUACUAACCAAAGACUUUUGAAAUUCACAUACAGAGUGAUAGAUUUUGUUGUGUCAUUUUCAGACAUAUCUUCAUUUAUC